AUGAAGCUUCUGUCUAUUCUUCUCGGCCUCGCCGCUACCGGAGCUCUAUGCUCUCCGACCGCAGAGGCGGUCGAAGCCACUGUUGAAGAUUGUGGCGAACUCGGAGUCAUGGAGUGGGACCCCGCAACCCUACCCGAAGGCACCGACAUUUCUGCUCUCCGAAAGUGCAAGAAGCAUCCCUCUGAGCUUGGAAUCGCCAGCCCUCUGUACGACCCAGCUUCAGAGACGGAAGUCACCAACUCUUCCAAGCGCGGAGACCUUCUCGACGAGGUUGCGGCGAUCGCUAAACGGGGCGUUUGCUCAAAGGGAGGCCGUGGCUCCGGCUACGAUUACGAUUAUGGAUGCGAUAAGGGCUGGUGCUGGAGGAACUGCGACGGCCCUUUUGUCAAUGCUGACGUUGGUCUCAAGAAGACUUGGUGCUGGCUUGCAUACGAAAGUGGCAAUGGAGGCUGGACUCCCUGUGGCAGGUGGCAGGACUGCGAAUGGUCUUACAACAACAAGGCUGCCAAGUGUGGCAAGGGAGACUGCAAGGCCUGUGGCUGUGGCUGCUGA